CUUUGUUGUUGUAGUAAAGGCUCAACGCGGUCAGCGUUUUCUCCUCACCGGGUCACGUUUCUUCAGUCCAGUUUUCGCUAAAGCGAUGCAAAGGAAGGCAGGUUCAAACUGCGGAUAGAGGUCUAAAAGAAGAACAGAAAGGAUCCGACGCGGUGGAGGAAACCAUCCGCACAGACAUAUACAGUGAUGGUCUGCUGUAGAAACCAGAGGAUGUGGCUUCAGCUAGGACCUCCACCCCUCCUAACAAAUCUUUGACACUCUGGAUGACUCAGUGCUCUCCUGCUGAUCUUAACUGUAAUUGAGGUCAAACUCCCUCAUUCCUGCUAUAAUGGAGAAUCACAGCCUGCUGUCACUCACCAUGGCUCUGCUGGGCUUUCUGAGCCCAUGUCUGACAAGACUGACUCCCAGAGUCUCCUUCCCUGUGGGUAGUCCUGGGAGACAUCUCACCCGCUUCAGUAGCCCUGAUGUCAGCAACACCACCACACUGCUGCUCAGUGAGGAUGGAGACAUGCUGUAUGUUGGAGCCCAGGAUGCUGUGUUAGCGCUGGAUGUUAGCCUCAAAGAAGCCAUCAUACUGAGGAGCAAGCUGGACUGGAGCCCUUCAGAGAAAGACCUUGAGCAAUGUUCCAUGAAAGGCAAGAAAAAGGCCGACUGUCCAAAUUUCAUUCGUGUACUGCAGUUCUUGAACACCACCCACAUCUACGCCUGUGGAACAUUUGCCUUCAGUCCACGCUGCACCUAUAUUAACACAGAGACACUAACGAUGAGCCUGAAGCCUGAUGAAGGACGAGGUCGCUGCCCGUAUGACCCCUACCAACGCAACACCGCUAUCAUCGUAGAUGGAGAGCUGUAUACUGGGACAGUGGCAGACUACAGGGGGAACCGGCCAGUGAUCUCCCGGCACCUCAGUGAGGGCAGGCGUGUUGACCUGAAGUUGGAUGAUACAUUAGGGUGGCUGGAGGAUCCAACCUUCAUCAGCUCCAGUUUCAUACCUGAUGAGGAGAAAAUCUACUUCUUCUUCAGUGAAGUGGGCAGAGAGUAUGACUUCAUCGACAAAUUUAUUGUCUCUCGUGUUUCUCAGAUCUGCAUGAGUGAUGUUGGAGGUCAGCGGACCCUGCAGCGACGCUGGACCACGUUUGCCAAAGCUCAGCUGUUAUGCCAGGCUGACAAUGAGCUGCCGUACAAUGUGAUCCAGGACAUAGACAGCCUCCCACCAGCAGAGGGAGCUCCUGGGGAUGACACACUCUUUUAUGGCAUCUUCACCUCUCAGUGGUCUGUCAACUCGGGACAGUCAGCAGUGUGUUCUUUCCGCCUGACUGACAUCAAAUCAGUUUUCUCUGGUAACUACAAAGUCCUGAACCGGGACACGUUACAGUGGAGCACACGGGUUCAAGAGAAGGUCGCAAACCCAGGAGAGUGUGGCCUGCACAAUGCGUCAGACAACGCCCUGCGCUUCGUCAAAGAAAACUUCCUGGCAGACGACAGUGUUCGGCCGGUGGGAAGAAGUCUGACCAUGGUGUCUGCAGAGCACAACUACAGCCAUCUGACUGUCCAGAGAGUCCAGGCUGCCAACAAUAAAGACUACACUGUCCUCUUUCUUCUUACAGAGUCUGGUUACCUACACAAAGUGGUGCUGCUGCAGAGUGGUGCACACAUUAUUGAGGAGGUCCAGGUGUUUGAGAAGCCUCAGCCUGUCAAGAGCCUGAAGCUCUCCAUUCCAAAGGGUAUGAUAUAUGUUGGCACAUCAGAGGGUGUGGUGAGGGUUCCAACAGCCAACUGCUCUUUCUACUGGACCUGUGCUCAGUGUGUUCUGUCCCGAGACCCCUUCUGUGGCUGGGACCCUGCCAGCAGGGCCUGUGUGGAGACCUCCAGCGCCCAGACCAGCCUUGGCCAGGACAUUGACAGAGGGAAUGUUGAAGAAGCAUGCUUUACAUUAACACACAGAGCCAGAUUUGGGCCAAACAACCUGCCUGCAGCCUCAUGUCCUGCAGGUGAGCUGGUGUCGGUGUCUCUGAAUGAAGUGGUGCGUCUGCAGUGUCCCGCAGCGUCUCGGCUGUCCCAGCAGCUGUGGGAGCGUCCCAACAGCCGGCUGUCCUCAGACCUGUACCUGCACCUAGAGGACGGUAGUCUGACCUUUGUGGCCACCCCCGCCACACUGGGCCACUACCUCUGUCUGUCCACUGAGAAUGGCUACCAGCAGACUAUGGCCAUCUAUCAUGUCAAACAGAAGAGCAGCCCCGUGCCUCAAACUCCAACCAGCUACAGCCGACCUCAGUCGCCCCCCAUACCCACCACACGGGCUGUCAGGCCUGGACUGCACGUGUCUGUGGGGCCUAAAAGAACAGAAACAAGACAGAGAGAGACUGAGCCAACUCUGGCCAGCAGUGACAUUCAGGUCACCACCAGACGGCUGGGCAGAAACUUCACCUUGUGGACGGAGGGAUCUGGGCAGAAAGAGGCAGAGCUUCGGGACGGGGAGCCCCUGCUGUCGGCACGAGGCCCCAGCUACUUGAAGGAGCUGGUGGUUGUGUCAGUUCUGUUGGUGCUCUGCCUCAGUCUGCUCAUCACCAUGCUCCUGUACGUCGUCAGACAGCGCUGCCGCAGCCGAACGGCCCCACAGACAGGGACUCCAAGCAGAGACUCUGACAGAAGGACCCCUGUGGAGCAGGAGGCCCUCAGGGGGAACCAGUUUUUGAGCAAGCGCAACGGACAAGCCCUGCACAGCGGACAGGCCAGUGGGUUAGUUUGUAAUGGGGCACUCACAGGUUCUAAUGGGCAUUUGCCCAACACCCCCAUCUGAACAGGUCCAGACAUUAUGACUGAGGUGAGGGGAGGCCCUGCCAGGUACUAAGGUCACCAUGGUGACGGAGCUUCUGUUUGCACAGCCAGUGAUGAGGUACAAACCCUGUGGACUCCUGAGAUCCUGAUUAGUAAGAUUUGGAUCCAACAGGAUGAAGGACAGUCUUCCUGUGGUACUAAAUGAAGACACAUGACUGUUGACAUGGUACUCUUUACUGUUGCCAGGGGCUGAAGCACAUUGGCUGUGAUGUUGUGAAUGUUCUAUGUGUUUUCACUUACUAGAUGGUGACAUUUGAGACAGAAAAGGUACAAACCGAUACAGUACAGCAGGUUCUUAAAAUAUUUUGAUAGAAUAGUCAGUGUUUGAUGCAAAGCCAGUGACUGCCACAGUUCUGCAACUUUUUAUGGAAUAAUGACAUUUUUCACUCAAAACACACAUUAACAGAAGUGUUAGAUUUUCCUCUGUGUUCAUCAAACAUCUCAGAAUCACUCCAACAUUGUACAUACAAGCAGACAGGACUGUAUGUUCUGCUCAUUUGCUUUGCUAUCUGUUGCAGGAAACACAACUGAUACCUGUAUUAUGUUAGUGGGGAGGUUCUCCUCAGUCCAGUAGGUGUGAUGAUGCUGUAAGGAGGUAGUCAGGUGGACGAUCAUACACAAAUUCAUCUGCACUUUGAUAUUUGUUUAUGAGAUGGUAUUACACAUGGGAUGUGAAUGUGCCUUGGCUACAGUAUUUUCUGUGCAUCAUAUACACUGGACCAUUUGGACCUAACAUCAAAAAACAUGCAUCUAUAAUGUAAAUGUUCUUAUCUGCAUUUUUACACGUGACCACAUGCAGUGUGAUUUAAAACUGAAACUGCCACUAAGUAGACCUUUAGAACACUUAAUAAGCCAGUUUCCAUUAGUAAUCAGUUACCUGUUAGUAUUAGUAAUCACACUGCCUGUCCUCUCACUGCACUGUCAGCCCACCACACACACACACACACACACACACACACACACACACAUAAAAUCAGGAGACACUGUCUUGUAUCAUAGCUCCAGUUAAAA